AUGACCCACCUCGACGUUUUCUUCGGAUCUCGUACAGGAACAGCCAAGGAGCUGGCGUCUGAUCUCGCUAACAAGGCCUCGAAGCGUGGAGUCGUUGUAUUGCUGAAGGAGAUGAACGAGUUCGACCCGACCCACUUUGACGACGACGAACUGGACUCGUACUACUCGCCUUCCCGCGCUACAGUCUUCGUGGUGUCGACCCACUACGCAGGCCCAGCACCCAAUGCUGAAAUGUUCGUGCAGUGGCUGCGCUUCAACCUCAAUUGGCGGCAUUUGUUCCGGAACAAGCGCAAAAAAGCCUUCGCUCGCCUCCAGUACGCGGUUUUCGGGGUGGGCAACUCCACGUACCUCACUUACAACGCCAUGGGGAAGCUGAUCGACGCGCGGUUGCAUGCUCUGGGCGCGACGCGACUGUGUCCACUAGGACUCGGUGAC